GCUCUGAGCUUCAGUCUUUCUGCGCUUCACUGAGGAAUCAGGAGGUCUUGACACAGCUUGUAUUUGAAUAGCAGACUGAGGUUAAUCUUCUCCAUCAUGGUCGAGCAGUUUGUCGGAACCUGGACUCUGAUUUCCAGCGAAAACUUUGAUGAAUACAUGAAGGCAAUCGGUGUGGGCUUCGCCACCCGGCAAAUGGGCAAUAUGGCGAAGCCUAAUUUGGUGAUCAGCGUGGACGAUGCUGGGCUUGUCUCUAUGAAGUCUGAGACCACUUUCAAAACCACAGAGAUCAAGUUCAAGCUGAGCGAAGAAUUUGAGGAGACUACUGCAGACGGCAGAAAGACCAAGACCGUCAUCACUUUUGAUAAUGGCAAACUCGUGCAAGAACAGACGUGGGAUGGAAAGAAGACAACCCUUGAACGAGAGAUUCAAGAUGGAAAACUAACAGCUAAAUGCAUCAUGGGCGAUGUGGUUGCAGUGAGGACCUACGAGAGAGGAGCUUAAUUCAACCUCAACUUGAGACUGAACCUCUGUUCCAUUACACCAAAUGCACUGAGCUUUUGCCAAACAUGCCAAUAAAGUCUGAACUGUGACACUUCAA